AUGCCUCUAGAAGGAGUAAAAAACAUAAUCCUCGUCCUCUCCGGCAAAGGCGGCGUCGGCAAAUCCUCCGUAACGCUGCAGCUCGCCCUCGCGCUCACAUUGCAGGGCAAAUCCGUCGGAAUCCUCGACAUUGACCUCACAGGCCCGUCGAUCCCACGGCUCGUCGGCCUCGAGGGCGCGAAAAUCACGCAGUCGGCGAAUGGAUGGGUUCCGGUUCCGGUUCAUGAUGCGGGGGCUUUACCUCCACCUGCACCCAGGAAAGAGGUAGAUGGGCAUGGGCAAAGGGAUGGUGAUAAUGAGAAUGCGAGUGGCGAACCUACAACCACACCAACAACGCAGUCGACGAUAGAUUCAGGAUCACCAAGUGACCUAGGCAGCCUCCGCUGCAUGUCACUCGGCUUCCUCCUCCGCGACCGCGGCGACGCCGUCAUCUGGCGCGGGCCCAAGAAAACAGCCAUGAUCCGCCAGUUCCUGACAGACGUCUACUGGGGCGCGACGGACGUGCUCCUUGUCGAUACACCGCCCGGAACAAGCGAUGAGCAUAUUGCGCUUGCGGAGGAAUUGCUCAAGAUAUCUACGACGGAUCCUACAGCAGGAAACACAGCGGGGUCGUUGCCCCGCCUCGCCGGCGCCGUCUUGGUGACAACCCCACAGGCAAUCGCGACGUCGGACGUGCGCAAGGAAGUGAAUUUCUGCGUCAAGACGAAUAUCCCCACCCUCGGAGUUAUUGAGAAUAUGUCGGGUUAUACGUGUCCGUGCUGCGGGGAGGUGAGUAAUCUGUUUUCGAGCGGGGGUGGAGAGGUCAUGGCGCGGGAGAUGGGCGUUCGGUUUCUUGGGCGGGUUCCUGUCGAUGUGCAGUUUGGGGCGCUUGUUGAGAGAGGGAAGGUCGAGGGGGAGGAUGGGAGUGAUGAAGAGGAUGGCGAGGUAGAGGGGAAUGGUGCUGGGGAGGAUAAGAUGGAAGUUGAGGUUGAUGAGCGGCCGUUGGUGGAGAGGUAUCGGGAGUGUUGGUCGUACGGGCGGUUUGAAGAGUUUGCUAAAACGUUGGUUGCGGAGAUUGAUCGGUAA